AUGGCGGCCGCGGCGGGCGGGUGGCGCGCAGCCGGGCGGCGGCGGCGGGGCCGGGCGGGCGGGAAGGCGGUGGAGAAGGAGGAGGAGGACGGAGCGGUGCUGCUGCGGAGGCUGCGGGAGGCGCGGGACGAUCUGCUGAGCUCCGGCUUCUGGGCAGCGAGCGCCGGAGCCGUGCGGGCCCCGCUGGGCAGCAGCGCGGAGCCGCCUUCCCGCUGCGUCUGCUACGGCCUGGGGCGGUUCAGCGGCUGCCCCGCCGCCCGGCAUCAACUGGCCUUCCUGCUGCUUCUGCUGGAGGAGCUGGGGGUGCCGCCCGGCCGGUGCUCGCUGUUCGAUCCCGCCUUCUCCGCCCAGGAGGCGGCCGCGUUGGGGCAGCUGGGGCUGCGGCUCCUCCCGGACAACGAGGAGGGGAAACACGGCGUUGAGGGAUCGGCCACGCUGUUUUACAUGGUGCACUGCGGGAAGGCCUUGUACAACAACCUGCUGUGGAGGAACUGGUCCGCAGGGGCACUGUCCAAAAUGGUUAUCAUCGGGAAUAGCUUUAAAGGAAUCGAGGAAAGAUUGUUGUCAAGAAUAUUGGAGAGAGAUUAUUCUUACAUAGCAAAGGUCUUGAAAGGGACGGAGGAAGUGGCACUGCCCGCUCACCCUCGGUACCUGGACACCUUUAACGACACCUCCGUCCACUGGUUUCCCUCACAAAAACUGAAGGAACUCUCCCCUGAGGUCUGGGACUUCGUGGAGGAGCCGACGUACCAAGACUGCGACGACUUGGAGAUCAUCAGAAAGGAGGACAGAGCUGACCGGCGCAGUCCCGCUGCUGCGGAGUCCUGACUGUGGUCUGCAGCGGGGCAGGGGAGGGGGGCCUUGGGGCUGCGCCUCUUCCCACGGCAGCUUCUGCGCAGCCGAGAUGAAGCUCAAGCACCGACAGCGUCGUCGUGCUCCGCCAAAAGCAGCGGCACCCAAACACUGAGCGUGAUGGGAUGGUUUUGUAUCUUAAUUAUUUAAUAAAAGGUAAAGCUGUGCUUUGA